UCCCCUAGGAAACUCUCUACCAUGAAGAUUCAUCUCUUUUUCUUUAUUCUGCUCUUUUGGGUCACAAUUUUACCAGCCAGAAAGAGAUAUCCUCAGUAUGGUGGCUUGGAUUUGAGGAGAGAGUGCAGAAGGGGCAACGGUCGGUGUAAACUUGAGUGCCGUGAGGGUGAAAUUAGGAUUGCUUACUGCAUGAGACCUGCAACUUAUUGCUGCUUGCAGAAGUAAAGAUGACAGAAGAAAAGAAAGAGACACAUGCUCCAAAGAGAGAAGACCACUGUUACUAAGCCUUCCUUCCCAUCUUUUCAGCACAUCCUUCCAGGCCUGUGUAUCACUGUCAUACACAAAGAAUUAAAUAAAAGUUAAGAGUGAACCACUCAGAGGUGGUUCGAAGUCA